UACAGUUUUUUUAAAAAACAAAUCAGCUCUUUCUAUGACAACGUGUAAAGGCACGUUUAGGAUUUUGGGUGUAACACGAGUUAUGACGCAACGUAGUGGUGAUACGUCAUCCUCGUGAGUAGACGUAUGUGACGUAGUGCCGCACCGAGGGACCACAAGAAAUGGAUACACGCGUAGCUUCGCUGCAAAGGAAUAUUGACUUCUUACAAAAGCAGCAUAAAGAAACUCUGGAGAAAUUACACGGUGAAAUAGAUAUUUUAAAACGGGAAAAUAAAGAGCUGCAGUAUAAGCUGAUAAUGGAGCUUCCAAAGUCGAGCAGUAAAGGAUCCAGCCGGAGAAUCUGUAAGCACACAGACAGCAACGAGAUCCAGAGAGACAGAAAGAACUAUGUGGAACAGACUUUGGAGGAAACCUGCUCACCACACGCCACAGAGAUCAGCAGUCAUUUACAAUGUAGAGAAACCAGAUCAAAUUUCCUCACCACCGACAGAACAGACAAUCCUUCAGAAGCCAAAGCAGGGUUCAUCACUUCUCUACAGCCUCUGAUGAUCCAGUGUCGUCCAUCUCAGGCCCCUCGACCUCCCUCCCUACAGGAAUGUGAGCUCCUCAUUCGUCAGCUGUACAACGCUAACACCCUGCAGUCCCAGGAGAUCCAACGUGUGAAAGCCGCUCUCAAAGACAUUGUAUUCAACAAGAAAAUAACUGCAGAGAAUUACAUUUUGACCAAGGCAUAUCUUCAUGGUAAAAGAGCUGACGAAUCAGACACAUUUCCUCAGAUUUCUCUCCAAACACUGCCUAAAGGACUACCUGUGUCUCAGGCUAGUAAAGCAGAGAAAGUGAUCCUCCCUGCCCUCAAACAGCCCCUCAAUAACAUAGCAGACAGACACAGGAGGGCUCGGGCUGUGCAGAGACGUCGUCUACAGAGGACUAUGUGCUGAAGGACCAGU